UGUGCUUUGUAGAAUACAUGCUGGGGAGUAGAUUGUGAGAGUCUCCCGUUACACAAAGCCGAGAGUUGGAUAGAGAAAUCCUUCUCUCACUGGCUGCCUGGACAGCAUUGUCAGAACUUCCAAGUGACUGUCCUGCUAUUUGAGCCACGGAUCAGAUUCUGUUGGGUUUUGUCAGGGAUGAGUUCAAAGAUCACCCGAUUAAAUAAGCCUCUUUAAAUACGAUAGACUGAUACUGAGGAGGUCGGAGGAGAUAUCCCACUCAAGGAAGUUGGGUUGCGAGAAGCACGUUAGCUCAGUCCGACUACCCUGUGUGAGGGAAAGGGGCAGCUAAACAUUACUCAUAGUGUCAGACUCUCAGAAGAGUAGAUACUUCUCACCUUGAUCCUACCUUACCAGGCUAGUACAGAGGCUGCUUGGUACUCGCCAUCCUGCGGCAAGAAGUACUGCGUAUCCAACACUCGCCUCAUUCCCUUUGAACUUUGGAUUACUAACUGUGGAUACUGAUGGUAUAUGUGUGAAUUGUGUAAUAGGUGAUUUGGAUGUAAAUUCGGGAGGAAAGUUUGUGCCUUGCUGGUGUUGAAGCCUGCUUAUUGAUCGAAAUGGACAGUUCUCCUGAUGAUUUUGAUUUGGAAUUACUUGACGAAGAUUUAGACAUUGGUGGAAAUUUACCUUCAUCACGUGACCGGAGGUCAGGGAGUGGGGUCAGAACAGGUCACGACCCAGACUCCCCAGAGGUCAAGGCCAAGGUUGUUAAAAUGGAGCAUGCCCUUGCUGGGCGCUUCAAGGAGUUUGGAUUAAGUGAAGGAGGAACGUUUCCAAAAUGCCUUGAUGAAGACAAAAUGGAUUUAAGCUUCGAAGAUUCCAACAGUAUGGAAUCUGUCUCCCAUCCGUUCCGGUCCAUGGAUGCAGUAUCCCCGGACGGAAUGGGAGGCAACAAAAGCCGGAAAAAUAAAGAAGAUAAAUACUGCGGCGUGUGCGGCGACAGGGCCCUCGGCUACAACUUUGAUGCCAUCUCCUGCGAGUCUUGUAAGGCUUUCUUCAGGAGAAAUGCACCCAAAGGACUUGAAUACUUCAAAUGCCCAUACGAAGAAAAAUGUAAGAUGGACGUGUCGAAUCGGAGAUUCUGUAAAAGAUGUCGUUUACGAAAAUGUUUUGAAAUUGGCAUGAGGAAGGAGUACAUCUUGACAGAGGAAGAAAAGAUGAGAAAACGGGCCAGGAUUGAAGAAAACAGGUAUUCACGGGAUAAUUCUGGGAUGGGCCAUGGUCAAUUUGCCAAAAAAAUAAAGUCACGUGAAGUGGAGCGCACAAAGACACAGUCAGGUGACGUGUCUUCAUCUCAGCAUCGGCUACGCCCCUUGGAAGCAGAAGAGAUGGUCCACAUCAAUGAGUUGGUAGGCGCCUACCGGCAGUCGCUGGAAAUAUGCGUGGAGUCAGAAAUUUCGCGUGAUAAACCGUCCAUGACUGAUCUGGUCAACAUCGCUGAAGUGAGCGUCCGUCGUGUCAUCGACAUGGCAAAGAAGAUCAAGUCCUUCAAGGCACUGUCUCAACCAGAUCAGAUCAGUUUACUAAAGGGAGGCAGUAUAGAGUUGUUGAUCAUACGAUCUGUCAUCACAUUUGACAAAGACAAGGGUCAUUUCCUGGAUCCCUUUGAUAAGGACAAAUAUGCUAUGACCACUGAGCAGCUCAAAAUGGGUGAGGGUGGCGGCCUUUUUGAUGAACAUAUGAAAUUUGUGAAAUCUUUAGCCAUGGAUUUACAUGCUGAUGAGACUAUUCUCAUUCUUCUAUUGGUCAUCGCUCUCUUCUCACCUGACCGGCCAAACAUUAGUGAUAAGAAUUAUGUCGCCCAGGAACAGGAUAAGUAUGCACUAUUGCUACAACGCUAUCUUGAGUCAAAGUUCUCUUGCCAUGUUGUUCGCUGCCUCUAUCCCAAACUGCUCAUGAAGCUGACAGACAUUCGUAAUUUGAAUGAAGAACAUUCACAGGUGCUUCUGAAGGUGAACCCAGAAGGCAUUCAGCCUCUGAUGAAGGAAGUGCUGGAUCUAAACCUCACCAAGGACGGCCAGAAGGUGGUUGUUCCCGUUCCUCAGAUCUAGACAAGACUUCCAGAAUGAGAAUAAUGAACCUGUUGUUUCUCAGCUCCUCACAGAGCAUGUUGGCUGCUUAAAAUGGACAAUUUGGCAAGACCGUGGUGGUCCAAAGGUCUGCCAGAUGCCCGCCAGCUUGGAAUGAAGUCAGACCUGAUUUCAAACUGGUCCAUUUCUGCAGGGAGAGUCUGAAGGCUCUCUGAGCCCUUGCUAAGGACAUAAUUACCUUCGUGAAAGAUGUGGACAUUGACCUUACUCAAACUCGUACAUCCUUAUGACUAAGAAGCUGCCUGAGUUUUUGCCAGUUUUGAAUGGAGUAUUUGUCUGUGGUACCAUGUGUACAUAUCAUUCUGUGUACAAGGCACACUAAACAACAGUACGGCAAUAGUCAUGUGUAUUAGCCAUACUAUCUGUACAGACAUUGAACAUAAUUUUUUUUUUGCUUAUUUUUUUCCAUAUUGUUAUAAUCACCAAUGUACUCAAAUUGUACAGAGAAACUUAAGUAGCAAUGGCCGAAACUGCCUACCAUCCCAGGUAGGCAUGAAUGGCAAGGAAAUGCUGGAAUCGGCUGCCGUGACAGAUGAGAAGGCCUGGGAGGACAGGCUUCACAGACGCAGCAGGGUAGGCCGAUGUUCCCUGGAAGAAGGACAUGGACCGUAUGAAAAGAUGUUGAUCAGUUGUGCAUGGUUAGUUUGAUGUAGCAUUCAGACUUGCUCAAAAGAACAGAUACACCUUCCAAUAGUGCUAGUAGGGACGAAAAUUGUAGACUGAAACUGAAAAGUGCUUUUAAGAAAUCUAUCAAACAGUUUGGAACAAUUUUGGUGCUCUCUCAACCCAUACCAUCGUGUCAUGUGAUGUCCAGCACCACUGAGUUCAGGCCCCAGUAGAAUCUGCCUGGUAUCUGCUGCUGAUUACAAGAUGAAUGGAUCUGCAAGUGUUGAUCUCUGUGCUUGCAUCAAAAGUUCAAGAUUCCGAUCCAACAGACUGGCCGGCCAUUUGCGGACAGGUACAAUCAAACAGUGAAAGAAGUGUCAAGCAGUAUCCAAAGAAUCAGAUAAACAAAGAAUUGAUGGAAAGGAACUGGAUUGGGCAACAAUGCAUAUAAAAUGUAAACAGGACUGAUUUGCAUUGACAAAGCAUGGUACCAUCUUAAAUAUGCUUAGCCUACAGUUGCAAACCACUGAGCAAAGUAACUGUUGUGUUUCAUCUGGGAGGGACAUCAACAUCAUGUCUCGGUUUAGUAAGAUGCCAGACUACCUAGCUGAUGUCGUUGGUCAAGGUCAAGGUCACUGCACUACCUGCCAAUACUGUCUCAAACAGACAGUGUUUAGUACCAAAAAAAUGUGACAAUCUGGCUACAUAAGGGCAAAUAUACGAAAUGGUUCUAGUUCUAGAUAAUGAACAAACAUUAAGCUGAAUAUUCAGGACUGGUGCUUGUGUUCAAGCUGUUGAGAGAACUUCAGCCAGCAGAAUUAUGACGAUUCCAGCCAAUCAGCAAACAGCAGAGAGUUGAGUACCUCUUCCAAACGUCCCAAGUUGUCUCAAUCUUGCCACCCUCUGCACCACUGCAGCUGCUGGUUUCCUUGGCAACGUAGAACAUGUGACUUGUUACUGUGGCAACAAAGAUCAUGUGACUGUUAAGUGUAAUGCUCUUCUAUGUGGUGUGGCCAUGACCGGUGAAACUUGUUUUCAAACAUCACAGCUAGCGAGACUAGCCCAAGUAUUCUCUUACUUUCACUCUAUUGCAUGCUAGGAUUAAUUGCUAUACCUUGAAUAUUAUUCAUUUUCCCCAUUGAUGAAUACUAAACUAAGAAAGGCGAAAGCUUUCAUGAAAAUAGUAUAGUCUUUGAGUGAGAAUGCCUGUUUUAAUUGUUAUGGUUUAGAUUUAUACUUAAAUUGUGAAACAUAUAGAUUAUUUUAGCCUGUGUCUCAGUAGAUUGUGAGAUUACAGGAACAAUGUUGAUUCAUCCUUAAACAAUCACAAAACAUCAUUGUAAAAUUCACAAACAUUGAUACAUUUUUGUUUUAAGGUAGAAAUUAUGUUAUUGAAUUGAUUGAUUCUGAAACAGGAAAUACAUGAAUUUGCCAAACAGUUAUUUUGUUUCCACUAAAUGGCAUUUAUACUUUGUUAAUCUGUUCACAUGACACUAAAGGGUUAAGAGGAUAACUGCUGUUAAAGGGGUUUCCAGAUGGGAAUCCCCCUUGCUUUGCUGUAUCUUUUCCUUAAGAUAUAUUUCUCCACAAAUAGGUAAUAUUUUAUUGGUAUCAAUCUAAAUAAUGAUGUUUCAAAGGUUAGAUUGUUGCACUACAGAAAUGUAAAAUAUUUUAUGAAUGAAUAUGAAUUUUACUGUCAUAAUUGUACUUUUAGAACAUGAAAUAUUUGAAAAUGAAUUCUAUUUUACUUUUAUAAAUUCACAUUUUCUGAAAUAAGAUGUUGGUCAAUAUUUGUGGACAGAUAUAUGUAUUAGUUUUGCUGUACAAAUGAGCUUUAAUUUCUAGUAGGGUUUUCCCUGCACUAUUUCAGGCCUAAGUGCUACCAUUACUAUGUUAGACCAUUUGUUAUGAUGGUACAUUCAUCUGUGUAUUAACAUUUUCGUUAUGUUGUACUGUGUUAUUGAUUCAUCUUAAAGAUUGAUUGACGAUCAAUCAGCAGAGCUGCGUUCUUGGGUAGGAAUAAUCAAUGAAGAAUGGGAGAGUGAGGAAUAGGCCAGUUUAAAGGAAUAAUGCAAAUCAUCUAUUCUAACCUCCACACCGUGGUUUUGUCUCAGGAACAGGUAUUAAUAGUGACAAGGGAUAGAGUUAAUGAAACAUUUCAAAUUGUUAAUUCUUCAAUGAAUACCCUACUCUCGGUUUCUUUUUUCACUUUACAAACUUAUUGAACUAUUUGCUUAAAUAAUAAAUUACAUGUGGUUCUUCACAGGAAAAGUAAACAGGAUGAUUGGAUAUUUUUCUUAAUGUUUCAUGUAGGUAAAUAAAUUAGAGACUGUUCAAAGGAAGUGUUCGCAUGAUACAAAAAUAUUAACCUUUUUUGAGAUAGUUGAGUGUGAAUUAUUGAGCAGUUGACUUUGAAGAAAGCCAGUAAAGUAAUGUAUUUGUGUGGUAAAGUGCUACUUAGAAGCGAAAUAACACUGGUGAAAUUGCAUGUAGGUUCUUUGUACUCAGCUGUGGAUUCCUAUCCAAUGUAUUUUUGAAUUGGGGAAGUCUGAGAUCUUGUAAAAAGUAAAGAUGGAUGUAAAGAUAUUUUGAUUAAAUAUGUGACAUGUCAUUCAUGAGAUUUUAAUUAAUGUUUUAAUUCACCUAAACUUGGAGGUCUCUCGCCUGUGCACCACUUCAUUGUAUGUUUGUAAAACAUCAGUGAAGUUUUUGUCAGUUUUAAAAAUUCAGUUUCAGUAAAGUUUUAUUUGUUGGUCUUGGCUGAAGAAAGGAGUCCUGGAAGCAUAAUCUCGUCUUAAAGAACAUAACAUUUUGAUAAAAGUUAAAAGUAUAUCAUGAUAGUUAAGUAGGAAGUAUUUACAUUUUGAAUUGGCUUGUAAUGGAAUUGUAAAUAAGUAAUGGUGGCAGCAUAUUGAUUUUAGAAGAAAAUAAAGACAAAUGUGGUAUGAAAAGAACGAUAUCAUUUAGAUAUGGUAGAAACGUUUUAGGAAGAAAAUAUAUUUCUGUAACUUUCAAGAGAUGUCCUCAAAUGAAUAAAAGAUCGUCCCGUUUUGAAUCAGGUAAGACAAUGUGAUAGAGCGAAUGAUGUGACCUGUGACCUUAGGUAUGUCAUGUGAUAUGUAUGGUUGGGUAUGUACUAAAUACCUCAUAUCUUACAUAUAGGCUGAUGGCUCACUGCAGGCCUGUGUGUAUAGUAUUAAGGUUGCUGAGUGUAUGUUAAUCAGUUAAUAUUUACAUAAUUUAUGCUUUUGGUAAAUGCCUUCAAUAUUUCCAUACAUCCUCACUGCUUCUGUUUAGGGUAAGGACGACAUGAAGUUGCUGAAACACAAAGCAAAUCUGAGUAUUAUAAUCCGUCUUAAGAAUUUUUGUCAUGCUAGACAAAAUUCUAUGUAUCUGGCAGCAGGUAGGAAACGAUUCUCUCUGCGCCUUUGUAUCAAUCCUGGAGGAUACCAUGUAGGAGGUUUACAGUUUGCUUACAGUUUUAUCAUGAAAAAUUACUUCAUAAAUUUAUUCAAAAAUGUUAUUUACAUAUAUCUUUUAGACAUACAUUUCAGUUUUAGUUGAGAAAGAUCAUUUUAUGCUUACAUUUUACCUAUACUCUGAAACAUUUCUAUGAUGUCUGUGCCAUAUUUGUGUGUUUGUCUGUAGUUGUUUGAUUGUCUAUGCAAGCUUUUCUGUCCUAGUAGGAAUUUCCUUGUAUAUAACUGUUAAAAACCUAUUCCGUUCAUAUUAGAAGUAUCUUAUGUGAGGUUUUUUCACAAAGGAACUAUGCAUAUCUGUCUAUGAAUUGUCCUGGCUGAUAAGGGAGAACAAUAGCAAUAAUAAUUGUUCACAACAGCUCUGUGUAUUGUUAUUGCUUAUCUCAAUAAAUGCUUAUGGGAUUGUCUCAAAACUUCUUCGUUUUCAAAGUUGGUUACAAUUAACAAUAAGAGGGACCUCUGAAACCCUGGUGUGUAGAGGUCAGCCAAGAGAACUUUUUCUCUGAAUACAUCUGUCAAAUUUCCUGAUAAUAAGUCAUUUUUCAUUUUUGGGGAAACAAGCUGAGAUUCUUUGAGACAUCCCCCAAACUAUUAUUCUUCUAUUAGAGAUGUGUUUAUUUUCAAGUUCAUGUCUGUGUCAUGACCAUUUCAUUACACUGUUCUUUUUUCAGUUGUUGGAUUACUUGUUAUAAAUGGCAUAUACCUAGACCUUGGACAUUUAUGUGAAUGCACAAAACAGUGUCACGUUAUAGUCUAGAUAGUUGAUAAGAUUCCAGUGGUUUACAGACAUUUUGAGAAGGCAGCAUUUAGAAUUAAAAGAGAGGGACAAAAAACAUCUCCCUGCUAUCUCCCUGUAUUUCAAAUCUAGACUUUGAAGUAUGGAGUAGAACAGAAUUUAUUAUUGUCUUUAAAACUGUUUGCAGUUUAGUCAAUGAUGCCUGUAUGAUAGUUUGUUUUUCAUUGUCUUAUUGUUUUCACUUUGCCUUCACAUAAGAUGUUACUCUCGUGUAAAUUGGUUGACUUGGUGCAGAUAUUAAAGUGGACAUUGUGUUGAACCAUGUCAGAUUGGUUAAUAAUUACCAAUAUGACUUGUCAGAAGUUGAAAGUAUGGUGAAAGAUUCGUCACAGCCUCUUCCUGUAUGUAAAGAGAAUUUUGAUUGGUUGAAAUCAAAUUAGUGUGACGAGGGAAUGUCAUGAUUAUAAAUACAUACAUACAAGGUUUUGGAGGAAAAUAAACAGACUAUUCCUACCCAAA